UAAUGAUUCAACCUAAAGUCCUGACAUAGUUAUUGACUCAAUGCCAGAAUGAAUUCAAGGUCUAAUCCAUUUUUGUUGCAGCCACAAUUGAUGGAUAAAUGAUAGCCUAAGUCGGUUAAACCCAACAUCAAUUACCUCAAUUUUCUACAUUGAGCAUAUUUUUCGAUGAUUGUAAAGAAAUUGGCAGCAUUUAAUUAUGUACUCUUUAUAUGUAUAUUCGAUAGCAUAAAACAUUAAGUUGAAUUAUGUAUUUGUAGAAAUAGAAGAUCAAAGCAUUGUAUUGUCCAAUUUUAAGAAUUUAUUUACAUUAGGAAUAGCAUCAUCCCAAAAUGUUGGCUUGCUAGUUUUGUAUAUGAAUAAAUUGCAUUAACAAUUAGAAAAGAUUAUUAAAUGA